GUUUGUUCCAGCCUCCAACCAACCUCUGGGUUAAAAAAAAAUCAGACGUAGAAAUGGAAAUGUAUGAGAAUCUAGGACUGGUGGGAGAGGGUACUUAUGGAUCGGUAAUGAAAUGCAGGCACAGAGAGACAGGACAAAUAGUUGCCAUCAAAAGAUUUCAGGACCGAGAUGAUGACAGACUGGUAAAGAAAAUUGCUGUAAGAGAAAUACGAUUUCUGAAGCAAUUUAGGCAUGAAAAUCUGGUAAAUCUUAUUGAGGUGUUCAAGCAGAAGAAACGUUUAUUCUUGGUUUUUGAGUUUGUGGAUCACACAGUUCUGGAUGACUUGGAACGGUUUCCUAAUGGACUGGAGAGUAAGAGACUCAGAAAAUGUCUUAUUCAGGUGUUAAGGGCCACAGAGUACCUUCACAAGAACAACAUAAUUCAUCGUGAUAUCAAACCGGAGAAUGUUCUGGUCUCGGGGUCUGGUGUUGUUAAGCUAUGUGAUUUCGGCUUUGCCCGUUCAUUGGCUGCACCAGGAGAGCCUUACACAGAAUAUGUGGCCACUCGAUGGUACAGGGCUCCAGAGUUAGUAGUCGGUGACACCAAAUAUGGAAAGCCUGUGGACAUUUGGGCAUUUGGAUGCAUGAGUAUUGAAAUGGCAACAGGAAAUCCUUACCUGCCAGGGAACUCUGACUUGGAUCAGAUCCACAAGAUAGUGACACAAGUGGGAAACUUAACACCACGUCUCAAGAGUCUUUUUGGCAAAAAUCCUACGUUUGCCGGGGUAUGUCUACCAGACAUCCAAAGACCUGAAUCACCAGAAAAGAGACUGUUAAGAUGUAAUCCCUUGUUGACUGUGCUGGUAAAGAAAUGCUUACAGAUGGACCCAGACAAGAGAUCUUCAUGCACAGAGCUGCUGAAAGCUGAAUAUUUCACAGCAGAUGGAUUCUCAGAGAAAUUUAUCCCGGAGAUUCAGGCUCAAGUUCUUAAGGAUAUGAAAGAUAAUCCACUCUUGAUCAGAAAGCGUAAAAACGUCAGCAAAGAAAUCACAGAAUAUGAAAAGAUGAUGCUAAAUGUCAAACAAAAUGCUAAAAAGCAUGGAAAGGAUGCUACAAAGGACAAGGAACCUAAAAGCAGGAAAUACAAACGUACUAGCACAAAAGCAGAAACAAUAAAGGCAGAACAAGUAGAUCAUCCAACUGUAUGGAAAUCUUUUCAAAUGCCUCGGGAAGCCAUACAGAAAAAUUCUCCUGAAGGAACAGAAGGGAAGCAAACAGGAACUGAAAGGAAGCAAACAGGAACUGAAAGGAAGCAAACAGGAACUGAAGGGAAGCAAACAGGAACUGAAAGGAAGCAAACAGGAACUGAAGGGAAGCAAACAGGAAUAACUGAAGGGAAGUAUAUUAACUGUAAUAAAACAAAUCCAGCAGUCACUUCUCUGAAAGAUUUGAACAAUAAUGGGGAAGCUCUAAAUGCUACAACAGCUGCCAGCAUCCCUCCAAUUGGCAUCCAUACUGGAAUGACUACUUCAAUACCUCCCAAUAAAAAUCUUAAUCCUGACGCCAAUGAUAAUUCAGUGUCAAACUCAAGGGCACAAGAAAAGGUGAAGAUAAAAGCCAGCCCUUGUAGUAGCCAGGUGGCAGAAACUCUUCUAGCCCCAAAUUAUGAAAAUCAGAAGAAGGGUGCUGGAGGACUGUUCACCAUGAGACCUCACCUGGGUUCAAUGGCAAGGAGAGCACCUUCCAAAAAUAGCUUAUGGUGGAAUAGGAGAAACAAGUGGGAUAUAAUGCAUCCAGAUGCACCUCUACCCAAACUGAGUCUAUACCCACUCAUCAAGCCACUAAAGAAAAAUGCCUGUCUAGUUCUUCAGGGACCCUCCGCUGGGUGCUUCAGGCGAUGGAGGUUGGAACUAGUCAGAACCCUCCCCAGCAUAGUGGACCUGUAAAUACACCCUGGGAACUUAUUUUCUCCAGCUAUAUCUUCAGGACAUUGGACGUGAACUUUUAGAGACCUAUGCCCCAGAACAUUCAGACAUCUUUUUUUCACCACUGGCUUCCAAUCUUUUGCCUGAAGGGUAUUUGUAUGUAUGUUCGGAAUUUAGCAUGCUCAUAUGUAUAACACUAGAUUUGUCGAAGUAAAACAGCAUUUUUCAAUCACAAACCCAAUCCCCUAGUUCAUGUAAACCUGUUUAUAAUGGUUGAGUCCUCUAUGCUCCUGGCUCUUGCACAUAUCUUGGUACUUCUGCAAAUUUGCAGAUCAUUCUCCCAAUAUUUACACCUAGAUUAUUAGUGGAAAUUGUGAAUGACAAUACCACGUGGGAAACCACUCAUGACCGAUCUCCAAGCAGAUCCAAAUCCAUUUAUAACCACUUUCUGCCGACCAGCUUUCAGCUAAUUCCCAAUCCAGUACAGUCCGUUGCCACUAAUUCCACAAGAUCCUGCCUGUAGAGAAGCCUCUUAUACAUUAUCUUAUCUUAAGCUUUCUGAAAGUCUACAUAGGCAAUGUCAACAAAAAUCAAGGUUGACACUCCAGUGCAGUAUUGAGGGAGUGCAACACAGUUGGAGGCAACAUCUUACAGAUGCAACGUUAAAUUGAGGUCCCAUUUAUCUACUCGAGUGGAUGUAAAAGAUCCAACAGCACCACUUCAGAGAAGAUCAAGGAGUUAUCCCUGGUGUCCUGACCAAUAUUCAUCUCUCAUUCACCAAAA